AUGCUUCCUCCCCUCUCUGCUCUGCACUAGCCUGAGGAUGAGUAAUCCAGCAGGGGAGGGAGGGGGGACGAGGAGCAGAGCCAAUGAGAGGAAGAGCGAGGAGGGAGGAUACCAGCAUCAGCACCAUCAUCAUCAUCAGUCAACCUGCAGAAUCAGAGGAAAAUCUCAGACAUUUCAGCUCGUCUUUUGGCUGCUGGGGAGACUAAUUCCUGGACACUCCCUCGCUGACAUCCUAUAAGAAGGUGCUGUUUCCUGUUUGCAUGGUGGAGGUGACUAGUCUGUGGGAAAGCUGAACCAGAGGGAGACAACAUGGCUUCAGUUGAUGGAACCUGACCUCAUCAGACAGACUGACAGAGCAGCUGUAACAAACUCUGAGCCACGUCUCACGUCUGCUUUCACAUAGGUUGGGACCAGGCUAAUAUCUGUACACCACAUGUCCCUGUGACUGGACGUCGCUCCUCCUGGAAUCAGGCUAAUUUCUGCAUCAGCGUGUCUGGCAUGUUCUGCUUUUGCCUGCAGAGUUCUCUGCUGAAGCUCCAGGCACUGGAGGUGGACGGGGGCCCCUCACUGGGUCCCUCCCCAGAGGAGAGCCCCCCUCCUCUGGGCAGCAAGGAGCAGAAGAGCCCUGGUGGCCCGGCCAAGAUGGGAGGAGGGAAGGAGGGAAAGACACUGGUGUUGUGCCACAGUGUCCCCGAGACCAGCCCAGCAGAGUUGCCGACGGUGCAUCCCCGAGCUCCACAGGCGCCCAGACAACCGCCAAUGACCCCUGUCCUCCUCCACUGCCCCGACCCGCACCCCCCCACCCCUAACCCCACCUGCUCCCCGCAGGCCUACAGCCCUGGCAGCGAAGGGGGAGGAGGCGAAGGAGGUGGUGCUCUGCUCCAGCUGUUGUCAGGCGGGCCCAGCCCCCUGCCGUCCCCUCGAUGCCUCAGCCACAGCCUAAGGUUCAACUCGGACCCAGACUCUGCACCAUCGCCACCCUGCAGCCAGCAGUACAUGCUAUCUCGGUUCCGGAUGGGCAGGAUGGAUGGAUCAGAUGACGAGUGUCCCUCCUCCGUCCUCUUCCUCACCAGACACAUUCAGACUCUUAAGAGGAGAGUCCGCAGGUUCGAAGAUCAGUUUGAGCAGGAGAUGAACUACAAGCCAUCCCACAAUGAUAAAUACUCAAACCCGGAAAUUGUUCGAGUGAUGAAUGAGCUGGCGAAGGCUCGUAAACAGCUCAAAGAGCUCAGACUCAGACAGUCGGUGUUUGAGUCGAAGGAGGAGGACGCCAAUGCGAGUGGUGACAGGUAUGGCGCCGGGCAGCAGGGGGCGUCAGAGCACCAACCCACACUGGAGGAAACUGUGGAGUCUCUGUUCAGACGACUGAGGGAAAAGAGACACGCUCUGGGCCUCCCCGACAACAUGAAGGAGAUGACCCAGGCCCAGAUGGUGCUGGAGAAGAUCACGCUCCAGAAGUGUCUGCUGUACUUUGAGAGUCUGCACGGACGCCCGGGCAACAAGCAAGAGAAGAACCUGGUGAAGCCUCUGUACGACCGCUACCAAAUGAUCAAGCGUCUAUUGUGCGCCAGCCCGACCUUCAGCACCAUAGAGGAGGAGGAUGGUUCUGACGACGACUCCACAAGCUCAAUGACUGUGGACGAGCUGCUCGUCCUGCCUUCCUGCUCGCCGACUCGGCAGCCCGUCAGCGAGGAGGACAGCGACCGGGACAGCGACCCGGCCUUCGUGUCCCCCAUGGAUGAAGUGAAGGGCGUCCGUCAGCCACCAGCUCUCACCAUGGCCAACCUGCACGCAGCCUCCAGGUCUCAGUUGCUGCAGUGUCUGCGUGAAACGAGAGCAGAAAAGAAGACGAGGCGUAAAGUUUUGAGAGAGUUCGAGAAUGAAUUUUACCGACAGACUGGAAGAAUUUGCCAGAAGGAGGAUCGUAGCCUCAUGAAGGACGAAUACCAGGACUACAAACAGCUCAAAGCAAAGCUGCGGCUGCUGGAAGUGCUGCUCAGCAAACAGGACGUCACCAAACCCAUGUGAGAGGAGAUGGACCCCCGCCCACCAGAACCAGAAUCUAUGGUAGCCCACAUGUUUGCCCACAUGUUACGUGUUAAAAACCCAGCAUCUCCAGUUUCCCACCGUUCAGGUCAUCGUUCACCAGCAGCAUCCUAAUUUCAUUCCACCUAAAGGAACAUAUGGACCAAACGGGCUUUUCAGGACCAAAUGUCUGUGUGUCAGACUGGAAGCACUUUAAUCUAUCAGCUGCUGUCAAUCAGAACCAAGACUAAAGCUGACACGGGACCUGCAGGCCAAUGUUUGUCUGAGGUUUGGUCCCGUUUCCCUGGGAGAAGGCCGGAAAUACAGAUGCAAUGUACAGAUUUCUGCUUGUCACAGCAGACCAUUCAUAUCACAGCACUUUACCUUAAAGAGUGAGUUUGUUCUGAUUCGAUACGUGUCAUUUUACUCGUACGGGUCAGAAUCGAAGUGAAAAGUGAAAGUUCACUAAGAUAUCACAGCUGGGAUGUUUGGAUCAGAGGAACCAGAACCAUAUUGACUCCUAGUGAAAACAAAGCUGACAAACCGUCAGAAUCUGGCUUUAAAAGACAACAUACCCAACAUGUGUUGUUGCAGUGACAACCAGGGAAGUGAAGUCCAUCACUGCAUUCGAUCAUCUCAGAGCAGCAGAGGUGAAACGUUUUACGUUACUAAUGUGUUUGUGAAAUGUCUCAUUGUGUUUUAGUGGCCGAGGUAAUUUCUGCCGGUUCAUGUCAGUGCUUAAACCAGUUCCUGCUUGACAGUGGUGAAAAUGUCUUCGUGCUGUUGCUUCAUACAUUUAUAUACAUAUGGUUUAAAUAAAUAUUUUUGCUAUUAUCA